AUGUUUAAUCAUUUAUUUAUUGUUACUACGCUUUCCAAUUUUGUUCAAGUACAACGAAAUCGACAUAAGUAUGAAUUAGUUCUCGAAUAUGAAAUCAAAUGUUAUUUGGUACAUGAAAGAGUUGUAUCACCAGAUGAUGAAAAUAUUGGGCAAAGUUUCUCUAACAUCGCCGAAUGCUACGAACAUCUUAAUCAACUAAAAAUGACACUUGAUUAUUAUGAACGAGCAUUAGCUAUUUAUGAACAAUGUCCAUCCUGCUUGUCUGACAUAAAAUAUCAAAUAAAAACUAUUAUUACACGACUAUUAUGA